AUGUACACGCUGCACGCCAGGAUGGGCCGCCGCUGCGCCACGUGGCUGCUGCUGUGCGCUGCUGUCCUCCUCGCCUGCUGCCUUUGCGGCUGCGCGGCGAACGACAAAGAGAACGAGUGUGGGAGUGGAAAGAAGCCGGUUCCCCGCCUCCCGCUAAGGCUCUAUGUGAUUCUCACGUGGGAGUACAUGAAGCACCUUUUGUUCUGA